AUGAUGAGGCGGAUCCUCUUGACAGUCGCACUCAGACCUCAAAACGGGCCCGGUCAGCAUCAUCACAUUCGGUCAGCUCGGUAUCAACGAUAUCGACUAGUCGAUCACACUCAAGAUCGCCCCCUCGCCAUGCGGACUAUGGUGCACGAAAGAGCCAUGGUCGAACAAGGUCCAUCUCUUCCCAUGUUUCUGGACAAAGGAAGAGACGCUACAGCGAUGCGUCUUCUCACGAAUCCGCAGUCUCCUACUCGUCCGGGGACAGAGACUCUCGUUCUCGAUCGCGUGAGUGGCAGGGUGACAGGAACACCCGGAGGAGGCGUCGAGAAUCCAGCCCGGAAGAGCGAGGCCGGCCUCGACACCUGUCACGGGAUCGUGAACGACGAGACAGGUCCCGAAGUCAGAGCGUGGAUCACAGCCGAAUUGCCAGGACGAGACGGUCUGCGACCCCGGAGAAGCGACCCGAGCGUGGCUAUCCUGCUUCAAGAGAUUAUAGGGAUGGUCCGAGUCACUCACAGAAAGACGGACGGGGCCAAGGACGCGCGCCGCCUCCGCCCCGUGAGAGGAGUCUCAGUCCUUACAGCAAGCGUCUUGCGUUGA